AAGAACAAAUUCUUAUUUUAUUAUUUUUAUAACACGUUACGUUAAUUAUCCUAACUUGCUGCGUAAGUUCUCCUAACCUACUACGAAAAUCCCCUUCUGGUCAAUUCUGACAAACCGUUUCCCUUUUAGUCAAAACGAGUGAACAGCAAGCAAGUAUUAUCUGCCACACCAAAAUACAUAACAGUAUUAGCAUACUGUGUGUAGCCUAAUAAGGCGAUGUGUUUAUGUUGCCAUCAAUUCAGAAAAAAUGAAUGUGAGACUUUUUCAUUGUUCACAUAGUUGGCAAGGCUAUGCAGUUUCUGUUAGCCAGCGGCCACCUAAAAUGGGGUAGCUUGUUCUGACAAAUGUGACUGAUGCAAAAACAGACAACAAUCUGUGGUUCCAUUUUUGUCUAGUCCACUGUUGUAGGCUACUACUAAAACUAUAAUAAACUAUCUCUGGCUACACUAUGGACUAUCACUUCCAAAAUAACAUUUUGAUGUAAUAUCACAUCAGGGCAAUAAAGGGACGGUUAUAGAUAGGGAAUCGUAGCAUACACGUUUGCUUAUAAACAUUUCCAUCUGCAUUGUUUAAUGUAUCUACAUUUCUAAGCUACCCAGAUAACUUUGCCUGAUAAGCAACAAAAAAAUUGUACCGGAAGUGAUAUUCACGUGUCAACCUGGCACGUUCCGUUCCGUUCCAGGAGCUGUGCGUGGUGAAUUAGCCUGAAACGAUAGAAGAGCAUAUGCCAUAGCAUGUGUUUAUAGUAGAGCUAUUUGCUUAUAGUUUUACUAACUGAAUUACCGUGGUCUGAUUUGACGAGAUGACACAAAACUGCAGACCCCUCAAGCGCCCUGGUGUCGGAGUAGGGGUUCUUGUCACAGAUUCAGCUCACUCCAACUGCGUCCUCGUAGGGAAGCGAAAAAGUGCAAUGGGCAAAGGAACGUAUCAGCUACCUGGCGGUCAUCUAGAAUUUGGAGAGACCUGGGAAGAAUGCGCACACAGGGAGGUGAUGGAAGAGGCAGGAGUGCGUCUGAAAGAAGUCAGGUUCGCAUCCGUGGUGAACUCCAUCAAGCUCGAUGAGCAGUACCACUACAUCACCAUCAUCAUGCAAGGAGAAGUGGACAGGAGCUACCCAGCAGAGCCAGUCAAUCUCGAACCAGAGAAAAAUGAAGGUUGGGCAUGGACACGGUGGGACCAGUUUCCUGAAGAGGACCAACUCUUCCUGCCUCUGGCCUGCCUGAGACAACAGGGCUUCCAGCCGUUCAACACCACAUAACACUGCAGCUACCCAGAAACAGAGAAGAGAGGGGCGAAGCACAGGGAUAGAAGACACAUACAUUAGAACUGCUUUGUAGGACCUAAUCAAGUCAGGCAGUUGGGUAUACAUGGUAACGGUUGAACUA